CCGGGAUCCCUCUUUCCGUUUCCAGGGAAUAUCUUGUCACUAAUUUCGAUUACUUACGAGUUUAGUUAUCUUAACCUAAACAAUUUUAUUGCACAUAUAUGUGAACAUGAUGUUUCACUCACACACAUAGUUAGGAGAUUGAAUCGUAGCACGAUUGCACUGGACUAAUAGGGACUUUGAACCCUUCAGUACAAUAUGGAUAGUUUAUUGAAAUCUGCUCUAAAGAUAGAUACCGUGGAGUUUGUUAGAACAGUAGAAGGUGGAUUGGUUAACAAGGCUGCUAUAUAUCAUGCUGGAGGACGUAACGUGUUUGUCAAAACAAACGAUGUCUCACAUGCAAGACAGCUUUUUGAGAGUGAAGAGGAAAGUCUAAAGACAAUAGCUGCAACGUCCGUCGUAAGAACACCAACCACAUUCGGAGUAUACGAUAAUCUAGAUGACGGAAGUGCUUCACUAUUGAUGGAAUGUCUUCCAGAUCUGAAACCAAUCUCAUCAUCAGACGGCUGGACACGACUCGGGGAAAUAGUUGCAAGAAUACAUCUUCAUAAUAAACAGCUGCUCCAAGCAUCAUCUACAGCACAUGUGGAAAGAAGUCAUCAAAAUAAACCUUUGAAUGCUGGGAAAGACGCACCUGUUUUACAGCCACAGAAGAACUUUGGGUACCAUGUACCAUCAUUCUUUGGUUCACACUUUCGAAUUGAGCCCACGUGGAAGAAAUCGUGGCAGGAAUACUUCACAGAAAAUUUGUUGAACCCAAUAUAUCAACAGAUUUUAGAAAAGUUUGCCUGCACUGAAUUACAGGAACAAUGGUCUAUAUUACUACAACACAUGGACUACUUCUUUAAAAAUAUCACCAUAACGCCAUCUAUUCUCAUUGGUGAUCUAGCUGCAAUAAACCUUGGUGAAACCGAAGGCGAGAUCGUCAUUUUUGAUCCAUGUUGUCUUUACGGGUUUUCAGAGUUUGAUCUCACCCAAGCUCUAGCAUUCGAUGAAUUUCAAGAGCCAUUUUACGAGGCCUACUUUAAAUUGAUUCCAAAACAAGAAAGGUUCGAGGAGAGGCUUAUGCUACAUAAACUGUUUGCAUAUUUGCUAUGUUGGACAUAUGAGAUAGAAGGAAUGGAACAGUUGGCCAAGACAGAGUUGAGAAAAAUCACAAAUAUGUUGACAAGUGUGUAGUUUGCAGCAAAGUUAAUGUACAACGACGCACAAUAAAGGGAGAGCGCGGCAUGGAUGGAGAAAUUUCAGAAUCUAUUUCGAACUCACAGAUUAAUUCCACGUUUCUUAGCUUUUAUCUUAUACAUUCGUAAUUUUUCACAUUUCAAAUUCUCGAGUACUCGUCUCAUAUUCCGUAGGUCAUAUCAUCGCACCCUAAAUAAAUACAUGUAUUCUUUUCAACUCGAUGUGCUUGUAGUUCAGUGUAGUUUAGUGUUGAGUAGUGUAGUGUAGUGUAGUGUACGAUAUAACGCAGUGACUUGUAGACGAAACGCUGUAUAGAUUAUUCUUGUGAAUGGAGCAUUCACAUUUUGACAAACCAUGAUGAGGUUGUAUAUUCAAUAAUGAAAACGGGCAAAUAGAUUUAUGUUUUUAUUAACAUAGAGUUGACAUUUUGUAUGCACCAUUCGCAUUCAUUUGACUUAUCUUCUUAAAAUGUGGCUUCGUGUAGUUUUUAGCUCCGUGUACCUUUUCACUUUAAAGCUAAAAAGCUAAAGCCUCAGCCCUUUUUGUUCAACUGCGGUCGUACGCCAACCGUAGCUUCACAAAAUCUAUAUGGAAAAUAU